AUGGAAACGCGUACCCAAGAACUUAAUCCUAGUUUAAGUCGUCGAUCAAGGACGGAACUGACGGGAAAUCGAACGAGACAUUUGAUCACGUUCAAUCCAAAUUCGGCGAAACCCGGGGAAGAAAUCUAUGUGAAUAUUCCUAAACUCAAACCGGAUUCUGUUCUGGUUCCGGAUAGCAUGGCAUUAAUCUUCGACUUUAAAAAUGCCAACGAAAAAUCAUGGUUCCGGAAUAACUUGGGAAAAUUAUUACAAAAAAGAUUAGAAAUUCGUCUUGCCGGUGAAAAAGUCUACGAUAACAGCGGUAAAAGUCUACUGGAAAUUUACAAAGACUUGUGGAUGGAUGAAAAACAACGCGCGGAUAUGAUCCAGGACGGAAUUACGACCGAAGCCGUCCGUAAGAAAAUCUCCAAAGAUGACGAGGCGAAUGCCGACGCCGAUGCUACUGCACUCUUUGGAAUUUUCGGGACGAAACAACGAUUAAAAAUUACGAAGAUUUUAGGUGAUCACGGAUUGUAUGCACCGUAUCAUUCGGCCAACGAUCUUCAAUACGUGAUCACGUUACCACAAGCUUCCGAAAUCAUGAAUGCACAAAGUGGUGAAACCGUUGAUGGAUAUUCCUUGGAAAAUUUAGAAUUGGAAUACGAAUCUAUCGAAAACGUCAAUCUCGCACGAAAAUCAGAAAAUCUAUACGGAGCCGAACGUGAAUUAUCUUUCGAACACGUGACGUUGAUGAAAAAGACCGAAUGGGAUAAAAGUCUGACGAUCGUUAACGAAACUGUCAAUCUUCCGCGGCGAAGUAUGAAAGCCAUCGUCAUGUUAUUCACGGAAAAAACACCGACCGAUAGCGAAGAAUAUAUCUUUCCAAAUAUCGACAAGGUGAAAGUUACGAUCGAAGGUGUUCCGAACGUCGUGUACAGUCAGGGGAUGACGAAGACGCGAAUGUACGAAGAAGCCAAACGUCUUUUUGGAACCGAUGUCAACGGACAACAAUCCCUGAUUAAAUUUUACAAGGAUAAAAAGCUUGCAUUGGUCAUCGACUUACGUACGGCAAACGAUGACAAAACGUAUGGAAACGGUGUGAAAAUUCAAAAUACACAAUCCGGAAUUCUCAUCGAAAUCACGAAAAAAGCAACGACUGCCAAACGUUCUCUGUUACACGUUCGUUCUUUCGGACGGUGUGAUUAAAAUGGUCAACGGACAAUUGAGUGGCGUGCGAUAUUAAAAAAUAUGGUGUAAACCACUAUAUUUUCAUAUUCUUCUGAAAAUAUGAAAAAUAUCAGACUUGUCCUGAACAAUAGUCUCUAUUCCAUUUUUGUAUCUUCUUCCUCUUCCGUUCCUUUCCUUCCAUACAUAUGUUUCACCGUUGUUACGCUACCACUUAAAAUUCCUAAAUAUGGAAUGUAUGGUGAUAUUUUUUCAACAAUACUUUUCACAUCACUUUUAAAUAGUUUAUCCUGGACCAAUUCUCCUUUUAAUUCAUCACCGCUAUCAAUCAUGCGAAGAUUUUCCAACAAUCCCGAAAAUUUAUCGAUCAAUGUUUCUGUGAGAAGAUUAUUGGCUUUUUCACGUUGAUCGAAGAUGUAUUCCCGUUUGAUUUUAAAAAUAACUUUGGGCGUUGCCUUUUUCAAAUAAGUUUCGGUCUGUUUAAUUUCACCCGCAUUCGAUAACCGGAUUAGUUCUGCGUGUGUAUCUUCAAGGAUUUCCUGUUCUGUUCUUUCAUGUGUUGUAUUCUCUUCUCCUUCCAUUACUUGUAUUUUAUUUCAUACUGAUAUGGAUGAAUUAAACUUAUUUCCAAGUAUGAAUACCUAUUGUUCUUUAAUAUCUCACGGAUAUAUUUUAAUUUCUGUGGAUCUUCAUCCCCCAAAUAUUUGUCCAGAAUAAUUUUCAUAUCCUGCCUGUUUGGAUUGUAAAAUGUUACCAGUUUCUGAAUAUUCUCACGAUAUGGUUUGGCGAUCGAUGUCAACUGCUGUGUAAUCACGAUCAUUGAAAUCUGACGAUGACGACCACCGAAUCCUAAUUUCACCAAUUCACUCGUACGGUUUUUUACAGAUUUCGUACUUGCACAAUCAUCUAAAAUAAUCAACGCAUCUUUUUCUGACGCAUAAUCCACGACAAAUUUCAACAUAUCUUCCACAUCAUCGUGACGGCAUGGAACGAUGAAAAAAUUUGGAUCGUUGUAAAUAAAAUCUUGCUUGUAUGUCAUAUUCCAGUGAUAUGUCGGACAGAUUAAAAAGAUUUGAGAAAAUUCAUGGAAAUACACCGUCUUUAAUUCUUCGAUCAGGUAAUGGGUUUUUCCACAUGCUGUCAUUCCCACAAUAAUCAUAUUGAAUGGUUUCAUUUAAUUAAAGGAUGGGAUGUUUUUCUUCAAAAUCUAAAAGUAUUGUUAAACAUAAUAAGAAUCAUAAGAGACGUAAAAUGUUCAGUUUAGGAUUUGGAUUCGAUCGUGGGGAUGCAUCGACAAGUAUUCAUACACAGAUCGGUUACGUCAGUACAACCGUUAAGAAUUACGAUGGAAUAAAUGAAACUAUUCCCAUGGAGAAUAUUGCUGUGGACGAGUCUAAUCAGUUGUCUUCUGAUUCCGAUCACGUUCGAACUCUUACUGAUUCUAAUCAUCCUGAAUAAAUUUUAAUUUUUAUAAAAAUUAAAAUUCUUACGCAGAUGGUGUAUAAACCGGUAAUUCAUCUUUUUUCUUUUCUUUCUCGCGAUACAUUUUUACUAACUUUGAGACCACAAGUACUAAAAUGGAAAAUCCGGACGAUGCACAGAUGGCACACGUUGCAUAUAAAAUAUCGGCUUCCCUAUCCGUUAAUCUCACAUUUGGGAUUUCCGUUUCGUUACUACCUAUUAAUUUCAUCGCCGAAUAA